AUGCUGCACAAAGAUUUGUUGAAGAUACCAGAACCAAUCCCCAUUGACUCCACAGAUGAAAGAUGGAAAUGGGUUAAGAAUCGUUUAGGAGCCAUAGAUGGGACAUACAUAAAUGUUAGGGUAUCCUCAACAGACAAACCUAGAUACAGGAACAGAAAGGGGGAGAUUGCUCAAAAUAUUUUAGCAGCAUGCUCACCGGAUGAGCAAUUUAUUUAUGUUCUGGCUGGUUGGGAAGGAUCUGCGGCUGAUAGUAGAGUUUUGCGUGAUGCAAUUUCGAGACCAAAUGGGCUAAAGGUUUCUAUAGGUAAUUGUCAGUAUUAUCUUUUUGAUGCUGGAUACACUAAUGGUGAGGGGUUUCUUGCACCAUAUAGAGGACAAAGAAAUCAUUUGAAUGAUUGGAGGGAUGGACAUCGGCCUACUACUGCCGAAGAAUAUUUCAAUAUGAAGCAUUCAUCGGCUAGAAACGUGAUAGAGAUGUGCUUUGGUCAGCUUAAAGCUCGAUGGGCUAUUCUUAGAAGUCCUUCUUUCUAUCCUAUUGGAAUCCAAACACAAAUAGUGUUGGCUUGUUUUUUGUUACAUAAUCAUAUAAAGAAAACCAUGCUGGUUGAUCCGUUGGGAGAUGACAUUCAUUCGAGCGGAAGUCAACCCAAUGUAGAGUUUUCUAAAAGCAUAACCGAGAUUGAAACAUCUGAUGUAUGGACCUCCUUUCGAGAACACCUAGCGCAUAGCAUGUAUAGUGAGUGGGAAAGUUCACACUGUGGAUAA